UAGUUUGGUUGAUAAAAAGUAUUGUAACAUUAAUUGCAAGCAGACUUUCCAAAUCUUGAAAGCAAACAGGAAAUGAAAUGUUUUAAGUCUUUAAACGAUUUAAAAAUGGGAUUACAGUCACGAAAAAGGAUUCAUUCGUUGUCCAUUUUGGCAUUUUUCAUAAACUUUUUUGACAAAAGCGCCAGUGUUAUUUUGACUGUUGAUCACGCGGGACAGAGCUUGAAUUCAUCUGGGCCAAUUCUGUCCGACACGGGACAGAAACAGUGUGUACGAGAAUGUAUGCGGCGGGGGGAUUGCCUAUCUGUCAAUUACUGGAGGAGAGACCUACGAUGUCAGCUGAACCCUUCUACAAUGGGCCCGGGGGUGGUCUUAGUCCCGGAUCCCGCCUGUGUGUAUAUGGUCAAGUCUACUCAGCCCCCGGAAAUACUGUCUGGACCAUGUUUUUCAACUUCCUGUUCUAUGAGGUGCACGGACUUAUCAAGCGGAAGUAGUUACUGUGGACCCGUUAUCAGUGCUUUGCCGACAACAACUCAGCCACCACCAACCUCGCCAUUAACAACAACAACAGCGCAGACGACCACAACUAUAGCAACAACCUGUCCGUCAAACUUUAAAUGGGAUGCCUUCACCAAUCUGUGUUAUUUUGUGGAAGAGAAUCACAUGACCUGGCAAGAUGCCAAUAACUAUUGCCAAUCAUUAGGGGCGAGGCUUGCAAUUCUUGACACCCCGGCAAAACUUGACCUAAUAUCGAACGACUACAUGUCGGCCCAGAUAAUGUACUUUGAAUAUUUCAUUGGCGGUUCAUUUGAUGACAUGGUCUUGGACUGGAAGUGGGUCAACGGUUCUAUCAUUGACCCGAACUAUCUAAUGAACUACCCCGUGUCCGGAGGCCCAGGGGCGUGUCUUAUUUGGAGUGACAUAUAUUACCUGUACGACUAUCCUUGUUCAAUAACAAUACCUGCAAUCUGUGAUAUUCCUUUGACAACAAGUUCAGCAAUGCCAGCAGUAACAGCGCCGACAACAACAACCAUAGCACCAGCAUGUCCGUCAAACUUCAGAUGGGAUGCCUCCACCAAUCUGUGCUAUUUUGUAGAAGAGAAUCCAAUGACUUGGCAAAAUGCCAAUACUCACUGCCAAUCAUUAGGGGCGAGGCUUGCAAUUCUCGACACCCAGGCAAAACUAAACUUAAUAUUGAACGAUUACAUGUCGGCCCAGAUAAUGUACUUUGAAUAUUUUAUUGGCGGUUCAUUUGAUGAUAUGGUCUUGGACUGGAAGUGGGUCAACGGUUCGAUUAUUGACUCAAAUUAUCUAAUGAACUACCCCGUGUCCGGAGGCCCAGGGGCGUGUCUUAUUUGGAGUGAAAUACACUACCUGUACGACUAUCCUUGUUCAAUAUCAAUACCUGCAAUCUGUGAUAUUCCAAUGACAACAAGUUCUGUCAGCACAUGUCCAUCAAACUACAGAUGGGAUUCCACUGUUUAUUUGUGCUAUCUAGUUGAGGAGAGUCCAAGGAUUUGGCAAGAUGCCAAGGCAUACUGCGAGUCAAUAGGAGCUAGACUUGCCAUAUUGGACACAUCUUCAAAACUGGAUCUCAUUUUAAGCGAUUAUAUUUCGGGUACUCUUAUGCAUUUGGAUUACUUCAUUGGAGCGUCGUUCGACACCGGCAUAAUGGAUUGGAGGUGGGUAAAUGGCUCCGCCGUGGAUUCCGGAUUUCUCAUGAACUAUCCAGUCGCCGGGGGCGGAAGUGACGACUGUCUGGUUUGGAGCGACGUUGCGUAUCUAGUCGAUUUCCCCUGUUCGUUAUCCCAGCCGUUUAUUUGCGAAAUUCAAGUCUCACCUUAGGCGGAAUCUGUUAAUUAAACAUAUGUAAUAUUACUACAUGUACAUAAACAAAGUCCAGUUUUGCACUAUUCUUUUUUAAUUUAAGAUCCUUAGAUUAUUAGUUUAAUUUUCAAUGAUGUCUUGUUUGAGCUUGUCUUAGAAAAUGAAUGUGUUUAUAAUAUAAAAAUUUUAAAUGUUAUGCUAUUUUAAAGAUAUAAUUAAUAUUAUAUAUGUGUUAUAUAGCAAUUUUGCUUUUGAGCCAAUAUAUUUUUUUUUCUCCGGUUCGAGUCUCGGAGACAACAAUAAUGCAACUUCUUACGGAUGGUCAAUUCAUUAUUUAUGCUUUAACUCCCUUGCCUUUUCAGAAAAUUGUUAGUUUCUUACCGAAACUUUUUCUUGAAAUUAUUUUUUAAAUGUCAUAGAAUAAAAAUAACCCCAAACACUCUUUGCUAUAGAGUUAUGAUUAAUAUUAUAAAUAAUAUUAUGGCUAUUUUGCUUAUGAACCAAAAUGAAUUUUUUUUUGUCCUAUAAACGAUGGUUCGA